CACAACUCUUGAACACAAUGGCUGAUGCAACUCGCGAUGAUAUACAACUACCAUAUCGCUAUCUUGGGAAUAGUGGGCUCAGAGUGUCCACCAUAUGUCUUGGGACAAUGACGUUUGGUGCUUUAGAAUCUUCACGCCCUGGGCAGUGUGAUGAACCCACUGCCCACUCUCUGUUGGAUGCAUUUGUUCAAGCAGGUGGUAAUUUCAUCGACACUGCCGACGUAUAUCAAUUUGGAGUCUCCGAAUCAAUCAUUGGCAACUGGUUAGUGAAAAGACCCGACGUUCGAUCGAAAAUGAUAAUUGCAACUAAAUUAUGGGGCCCAAUGGAUAAAGAUGAUCCAAAUUGUCGGGGACUAUCAAGACAUCACGUUUUGCUAGCAGUCGAGCAAAGUCUUCAUCGACUUAGAACGGAUUACAUUGAUCUGUACCAGAUACAUUGUUGGGAUGAUGGUACGCCUUUAGAGGAGACACUAAGAGCUCUCAAUGACCUUGUGAAGAUGGGAAAGGUUCACUACAUUGGAGUGAGUAAUGUGACUGGCUGGCAGUUCCAAAAGAUCAUUGAUACUUCAAAAUACCUUGGACUCAACCAGAUCAUUAGUAACCAGGCCCAAUACAGUUUAUUGUGUAGAUCUACUGAAUGGGAGCUAUUGGAAGUAUGCAAACGGGAAGGUGUGGCCAUGUUGCCAUGGAGUCCUCUAAAAGGGGGUCUCCUCACUGGUAAGUAUGAGCGUGGUGUUGUUCCUGAUGAUCCUAAAAGCUCACGUAUUGCGUGGGUUGAAGCUGAUAAGAAGUCUCGUUCCAAUCAGUCCCACCCGUCAUUGACACAGUAUGCUGAUAAAGAUGAGUACUGGGAACUCAUUAAAGCUAUGAGAGAAAUAGCUACUAAACAUGAUGCUAGUGUUGCUCAAGUAGCUAUUGCUUGGUUGUUACAUCAGCCAGCUGUGUCCUCGGUUGUAAUUGGAGCAAGGACUGUCUCUCAACUCCAGGACAACUUGAAGGCAGCACAACUGAAGCUUGAUCCAGAGGAGGUGAGUCUGUUGACUACGCUGAGUAAUGAGACAUUACCAUAUCCCUAUGAGAUGGUGUUCAGACUACAGAAAGGAAGAGAAAGAAACUAAACACUGUUGUUUUUACUUGCUGCAUAGAUAAAUAUAUUUAACUUCAUAUAUUAUAUUGACUUUAUAUGUAAAAAGAAAAAUUAAUAUCAUCAGUGCUAUUUUUCACUAGUAUGAACAAGGUUUUUAAAGGUG